GCGAGCGGACAGCUGUCGAGGGCCGAGGCGCUGGCCUGCUCAGGCUGCAGACACAGACACGCCUGUCACGUGAUGCUCUACUCUCACACCAAAAGUCAGCUUUUUGGGAGAAUUCCCAUCAAGUAUAUCAUACUGAUGCAGAUGCGCUUUGAUGGUCUGCUGGGUUUCCCUGGCGGUGGCGUGCCUCUGGAUUUUUCCAAUGACAAAAAUGUGCCUCGGCUCCAAGAAGGUUGAACAAGAGCGCUCUAACACUCGCACAGCAGCCCUGUCAAAUGAUAUAAACCUUCACGGCAGCAGAGCAGUCGCCGCCACAAACAGGCUGGGAGAGAAAGUGUGGCUGGCAUGCUCUACAAGGUUUGUGAACCAAUCCCAGGAGUCCCUAGAGGCCGGGCUUUGCAGGGAAUUAAUGGAGGAGGUGGGUGUGGCUCUGUCUGUAUCGGAAGACGAUCACGUGGACGCUCGCCGUGCCCCCGGUACCUCCCCUUCGUGCCCCCGUCUCAUCACUCACUUCUACGUGAAGAAGCUGGAGGAGGAGCAGAUACGGGAGGUGGAGAAAGCGUCUGCAUCCACCGCAAAAGAUCACGGCCAGGAGGUUCUGGGCAUGGUCCGAGUCCCACUCUACACCACAAAAGGCGGCGGAGGCCUCCCGUCGUUUCUGUCGCACGCGUUCAUCGGGAACGCUCGCUCCCAGCUGGUCCACUCUCUGCUGCGUCUCCGCCUGGUCGCGCCCGAGGACCUGCGCCAGGCCCUCGAGCGCUCGCUGAAGACGCACGCACGCAGCGCGGCGGACCUGCAGGAGGCGCUGGCGCUGACGGAGGCCGAGCAACAGCCGUCUUGAAUGGCGGGAACUCGUACUGUAGAUCCCCCGCCUGUUGACGGUGGUUCUAGACCAGGGGUCACCAACGCGGUGCCCGCGGGCAUCAGGUAGCCCGUAAGGACCAGAUGAGUAGCCCGCUGGCCUGUUCUAAAAAUAGCUCAAAUAGCAGCACUUACCAGUGAGCUGCCUCUAUUUUUUUAAAUUGUAUUUAUUUACUAGUAAGCUGGUCUCGCUUUGCCCGACAUUUUUAAUUCUAAGAGAGACAAAACUCAAAUAGAAUUUGAAAAUCCAAGAAAAUAUUUGAAAGACUUGGUCUUCACUUGUUUAAAUAAAUUCAUUAAUUUUUUUACUUUGCUUCUUAUAACUUUCAGAAAGACAAUUUUAGAGAAAAAAUACAACCUUAAAAAUGAUUUUAGGAUUUUUAAACACAUAUACCUUUUUACCUUUUA